AUGUGCACCCUCGUAGCGGUCUUCCUCGUCGCGGUCCUCUCGGUGGUGGCUGCAGCCCCAUCGGGCCUGCUGGCGCCAGGUGCUGCCCUGGCUGGACCGCUCCUAGGACCUGCUGCCCUCAGCGGACCGAUCGUCGGACCCUCUGCUCUCGCUGGACCGGUAGUUGGACCAGCUCGCCUAUCCGGAGCCGUGGACGGUGGCGCUGUGGUCACGGGAGCUGUCGCUGGUCCCUCUCUAGUUUCCGGUAGCGUUGCCGGUCACGCGGCACCCUGGUCAGCACUUGCCGCGCCUGCGUGGUCACCUUGGGGAACCGUACUUGCUGGUCCAGCAGCCGCACCCGCAGCCCUCGCGGGCCCGAUCACCGCCCCAGCGCUCAUCGCCGGACCAUCCGGAAGCAUAGCAGCCGGUCCAGCAGGAGUAGGCAGUAUCCUACGCGCCGAUGGCCACUGGUAAUCCCCGUUUCAUCCCGGACCCCCUCCCCCCCUACACGCAAUGACAUCUUCGACUGAUCUCCUCCGAUGCC